CAUCAUCAUCACCGAUCGACGAGGCGACACACACAAAACGCGACUUGUCGUCGAGUGCAACAGAGAGGAGGCGAAAAAAAACUAUCGCGAAAAAAGAGGAAACGUUACGACGGGAGACGUAUUACUUUGGCUGGUUGCUUUUGCUUCUGCCGAAGGAAAAGUAGAUUAUCGCAGUGAUGUGAAUGGAAGUUUGAGUUGUGCGGAAAAUCGCUAAUUUCGACCACUGGCAGUCGGCAGAAGCCCGAGUUCAUCGUUUGUGUAAGAUUAUUGUCCCACAGGAGGACGAGGAGAGCGAGGCUGUGACAAUUCUCGCCAAUAAUCUUCAUUUUUUUUGUGUUGUUUCCUUGAAUCUCUUCACUCUGAAAGAAGUGACCAGAUUCGGAGUGGAGAUACGGUACAAUUCUUGCAUUGCCGAAAUUGUUGUGUUGGGAGUCUGUGGGGAUAAUCGGUGGAAAAUAUUGGACCUUUUGUGCGAUCGAAACCAGCGGGUGGCCUACCGUAUUGGAAGGAACGCAGGAAAAAUCGUCAGUGAGAGUGUUUUCUCGGUACAGUAAAAGUAAUUUUCAAUUCGUCACUCUGCAGCAGAGGGAUAAAAACGAGUGGGUGCUGAAAGAGUGAACAACAAAAAAAAUAAACCUGAAACCAACAAGAAGAGUCGUUCUAAAUUUAUCACGCGAAAAUCAGAAGGCGAAAACAAGGAAAAAUAGUUUCCCUUCUGGUUUCGGAUAGCUUUUUUUUCCUGCCGAGCUUCGUGCGAACACCAGGAAUCCGUGUGAACAUUGGGUGUUUUUGAGCAGCCCAGCAGGUUCCCUCCCGGAAGCGGUGUAGUGGGGAACUGUGAUUCGGGGCAGCUGGUGCUGGUGGUGGUGGUGCGUCUGUACGGGUUGUUGUUUGUUGUUGGGGGGCAGCGUUUGGAAACGGAACCAACACGGCGAGAAAGCAGCGAAGGCGGCGGCAGCAUCAUCAUCACGGAUAAUGAAGAGGAGAAAUGCCGACUGUGGCAAGAUUCGGCGACCCAUCAAGAGGAAUAAAAUAGCAGAACAGAUUGGAAGCAACACACUGCUAUACGUGAAAUUCUUGCUGCUAUGGGCGUUCGUAAUCACCGCUGACUUUCUACUCGAGUUCCGUUUCGAGUUUCUGUGGCCAUUCUGGCUGCUCCUGCGUUCAGUUUAUGACUCGUUCAAAUACAAAGGGCUGGCUUUCUCGGUCCUGUUCGUCUGCAUAGCCAUCACAUCCGAUUUAGUGUGUUUGUUUUUCAUCCCAGUGCAGUGGCUGUUUUUUGCGGCCAGCACCUACGUCUGGGUGCAGUAUGUUUGGCACACAGAUAAAGGAAUCUGUCUGCCGACCAUCAUCCUGUGGAUAUUGUUUGUCUACCUUGAGGCGGCCGUCCGAUGGAAGGAUAGUCGAAACAUACCACAUCUAGAUCUCUGCCGGCCGUUCGCGGCCCACUGCAUUGGGUACCCCGUGGUGACGCUCGGGUUCGGCUUCAAAAGUUACGUUGGCUAUCGAAUAAGGCAACGCAAGCAGCGUGAGGUGGCCAAGGACAAUGACUUCUAUAUGCAGCUGCUGCAGGAAGCUCUGCCCAAGGAUGAAUCCGCCGCGAAUCAUGUUGGAGUGAGUGACUCGAACACAGCACCCGAUCAGCAAGAUCACCAACUGUCGCCGGCUCAGCAGAAGGAGCUAUCCGUGACGGCGACUGUUCAAAGCAACAGUGGUAGCAAUUGUAGCAACAACACCAGCAGCAGCAGUAGUGGAGCAGGUGGAGGUGGAGGCACUCAUAGCAUACAUCACCACCACAACAACAAUAGUAAUAAGAAUGCUCAAAACCAUAACAAAUCACAGAGCAAUGUAACGCCCUCGAGUCAUGUUAAUGGCCACGCUGUUGGGGGGUCAAAUGUGACGACGCCCAGCAAUAAUGGGGGAAACAGCGGAAGUAGCACGAUGAACGGUGGUGUCAACCACACAAAGCAUCUGCAUCGGAAGAGCCUGGAUAAGGAGGGCUCCAGUUCAAUUUGCGGGAAGGCCAACAAUUAUUCAUAUCAUCAGAAUAAUAACAGUAAUAGCACAAAGGAAAGCUCGCGAUCGAAUGAUAGUUCUCAUACGAACGGUGCUGUCAUGUCUCCGAAGGAGAAAAAAGACUGUGACUCAACGGGUCAAAAGACCCAUUUUGAUAGUCCCGUUUCAGCUGGCUCGCAAACAAGCAGUAGCAAUAACAAAUCUACGCAAGUGAACGAAAACAACAACAGCCACGAGAGCGGGGGAGGUCGUAAUAAAAACCAGCAGCAGAACGGCCACGUUGUCAACUACGAUAUGGAACUUCAGCAGCAACAGCAACAGCAGCAGCAGAAUAACCACAUCGAAAAUGACACUCCACCCGAACCGAAAACUAGUCGAUCCGGACGGAAGAAUCGCGUUAAACAGAAGGAAAACACUAACCAUCUGGCGGCGGUCCGGAUGGCAGCCACCCUCGCGUUAGCUUCCUCCAUAACUACUUUAACAACUACGGCUGCGACGUCGUCGACGGUGACUACGACAACUUCGACACUAACUUCCAAAGACAAUCACUUGCCACAUAGUAAUGAGCAGCAGACUCCGGCCGGAAACGGUUCUGUUUCGAACAAUACUCAAAGCGGUGGCGUCAAUAGCAGCAGCAGCAGCAGCAGCAACGGUAACAGCACUUCAACGACGACCAACUCGUGUGUCUCAACCACGACGACUGCAACGGUUGCCUCUCAGUCGGUGCCGGUGAGCAAAGUGUGCGAAUCUUGUAGCCGACUCGAGGCGGACGGAAAGAAGCUACGCUCCGAAAUUAGCAGCCUGAAGCAGAGCGAAAACGAGACGCGCCAACGGUACGAAUCUAGCAACAAUAACAUGAAGUCGUGUUUGCAGGCAAAACAGAAAGAGUGCGAUGAGCUGCAGAAUCGAUACCAAGAUUUGUCCAGCCAGCGCCAGCAGGAACGCCAGAAUCUCCAGACGGUAGAGCGACGACUUGGCGAAGAACGACGCCACCGGCAGUCGUUGGAAUCUCAGCUGCAGAAUGAGCGCAAACAUCGGAAGCAGGCGGAAGAGAAAGCGGCUCGUGCCGAGUGCGGCGAGCAGUGCAAGCUCAAGCGCCAGCAGAUGGACAUGGAGAUUCAGAAGCUAAGGCGAGAUCUGAUCAACUCGGAGGACGCGAAGCACAAUGCCGAGAAGCAAAAUCGCAACAUCGAGCAGGAGAUGCGUAAAUUUGAGGUGCAGUUAAGAAACCGCGAGUCUCAGCAAGGUACCGAGGUGCUGAUGUCUGCGUUGGCUGCAAUGCAAGACAAGAACGCUACUUUGGAGAAAAAUUUGUCCGCUGAAACCAGAGUCAAGCUGGACUUAUUCUCGGCUCUCGGCGACGCAAGACGGCAACUGGAAAUCACUACCGGUUCACUCCGUUCCAAGGAAAAGGAGAUUUUAGACUUGAAGGCAAAGAUCGUCCAACUGCUGGCAGUGAUGCCGGCGAUGCCAAACGAAUCGCUCUGCAUGACCGGUCCCGGUCCGUCCCCGAACGGGGGUGGAUCGAUGAUGCGAUUAACGGAUGCUCCGCAGCUAUUGCCACAAUCCGCACUGAAUGGCAUCGCCGGUCAACCCAGUCCGAUGUCGCACAUCGUGAUGAACAAUCCGCCAUUGAUCAGUCAAUUAGCCAAUCUGGGCGUGCUGACAUCCACGAUCACGACAUCAGCAGCUGCCGCCAUGUCCGGGCCAUCGAUAAACGUUGUUUCCGGGGGCGGAAUGAUGCCAUCUUCGGUUCAGCAAACGGUCCCGGGAGCUGUGGUGGCAACGUCUGCUGCGGAUGUUGUCGGUUCCAACGGCCAAAUAGUACAAAUGCAAAAUUCAAACAACUGUCCCUCCAAUCUGGAUCCAAAUGCGUCGGUUUAUACGCCCAAGAACUGCUCGUCUAUGGUCGGUGGCACCGAGGCCUGACCGGCGGCCAUGGAAUUGCAACAAUUCCUUCCGAUCAGCAGUAAUAGCACACCCUAUCCGGGUCUCGAUCUACUCAGAAAUUCUGGCAACACCCAGUUCACUUCAACACAAUCUCUCAUGCAGCAAACACAACAACAGCAGCAGGGUCAUCCAUUCUCCUAAGAAGGACUCCCACACCAGUGUUUCACUUUGAUCUCAAAUCUCUGUCCGGAUUCGGCGAAACGUUCCUACCCACUGUGUGUUGUAACCAACAUGACGAACAUGCAGAACUGUUGCGUAUCUUGCUGAAAAAGAAUACCGUGCAAAUUUUAAAGAAACUCACGCUCUGCUCUUUAUAUAUUUUUUAAUUUGAAUCAACUGAAGUCACUCUUUGUAAGCCCGAUUAAUUUCCUUAAUUUUGAAAUGAACGAUACUCGUUACAAUGUA